ACUAUUAUCGUCGUCGUCUUAAUCAUUCUUUUCGACAAAUACGAUUCUAUAAAAUUUCGUAAAAAGUAAAAUAAAAAACUAAAAAAAUCCAAAAUUAAGAGAAAAAGGAAAGAAGAAAAGUACGAUCGAGUGUGUUCCAUGCGAGGUAAGCAAGAAGCUUUGCUACGGCAAGAUCAUCAUCAAUUGGAGGAUCAGCAUAGUAGUGAAAACGUUGAUCAAAUAGGUGAUCGGUCAAGAAUCCGCGUGAAUAAGGAGUUCGCGAACUUGAAGACGAAGCCAACGUCACCCGUCCUGGCGAACGACGGAGGGGGCGGCUUCUGGCUGGCCACGGUGGCCGCGGGGGUUGGUGCCCCAGCCGGGCUGCCCCCGCACUCGACGCAUCAUCCAACCAUGGAUCCGACAUGUGGAUCAGCCGAAACCGGCUUUAUCAAUAGCCAACCUUCAAUGGCCGAAUUUAUGACCGCUUUACCACAAUUGGCCAAUGAUGGUAAUCUGCAACAUUCACCUGGUACCGGUGGUUCCAUAAGUCCUGGAGCACAUCUUCCACCUUAUCACAACAUGAUGGAUCAUCAUGCAGUAACCGAUCCGUCCGGGGUCAAUGUACCAGAAUAUCCUUGGAUGAAGGAAAAGAAGACAACCAGAAAGAACAAUCAGCAAGAGAAUGGUUUGCCAAGAAGAUUGAGGACAGCUUAUACGAACACGCAAUUGUUAGAAUUGGAAAAGGAGUUCCAUUUCAAUAAAUAUCUUUGUCGACCACGACGAAUCGAGAUAGCAGCAUCGCUCGAUCUGACGGAACGUCAGGUAAAAGUCUGGUUUCAGAAUCGCCGUAUGAAGCAUAAACGGCAAACUCUGAGUAAAGAGGACGGCGACGACAAAGAUGGCUCAACGUCCGACGGUAUGGAAAAAUCUAAAAGUGAUAAAAUGUUAAGUAUCGAUGCUGAGGAAAAGAAGAGCUGUCACAACUGUGAUAUUUCUGGUGUCGGAGACGUCGGUAGUACUCUCUCUGGUGACGUCAGCGAACUUGCUACAUCUGGUCGACGAAGUAGCAACAGCAAUAAUAACAACACCAACAAUAAUAAUAAUAAUAACAAUAAUAACAAUAAUACGCCAACUGCAACCAAUAACAACAAUAGUAACUCAGUAUUUAAUACAAACAGCAACGGUGCCAGUAGUGUUGGGAGCACAAACAGUGUUUCGAGUUCCCUAGAGAAGAUGAUAGUCGACGAUGACUCCAGGUCACAAGAUGGUAGUGAAGUGACAUCGCCGAGCGUACCGGCGAAGAAACUCUCUAAUGAUAUUAGGGUCAAGGUUGAAAGUGGACAUAAGAGUCCAAACACCACUAAACAAAUUUCCAUUAGUAAGAAGUCUCCGUCCGCGAAUUCAAAAGAUAUUUGUUCUGUAAAUAGCAACGGUGUUCUUCUUGCUAUGCCUGAUUCUACUGUCAGUACACCGGUCUUACCAGGACAAAAUUCAGCAAGGAGCCUGACACCUUCAUCCACACCUGGAACACCAGCUUCCGUUCAACUUCAACAAGGAAGUCCACUUAGUAUACAACAAACCCAUACAUCCUAUAUGCAAAGACCACGGAGCUCUCCAUCAUCGACAACGACCAUAAUGCAAUCAGGAACUAUGUCGCCUCAUGCUGUCAGAAGCAUGGCGGCAAAUCAAAACCAUUUUCAACAACAAAAUGUUUAUCAACCGAAUCUAGGAGCGGACUAUAGAAACGGUAUUUCAACGAUUAGACAAACUGUUCCUGUAGUCGUUCAGCAAACACAAUCGCAGAACAAUUAUUGCACCAGAGAGAGCUAUCAACACACAAGAAUUCCUUAUACUAGCGAUGUACAUCCGUACAGGCAAAAUCAAACGGUUGUUUCGAGAAUGAGUCACGUGAGAAUGGCCAGCGGUAGAAACGUAUAUUCGAACAUGCAAUUUCAUCAACAACAAAACCAAUACGGUAAUACUGCCGACUACAAUGGGUAUCCUCAAAGCGGAGCAACGUAUCAUGCUUCCUAUCAUAGAAGCAUGCAAAGCGGAGGUGCUUAUAAUACCGCCCAAGGCUAUCCCAAUCCACAAGCCGAACAACCGACGGAAGGAUAUGGAAAUUACGGUUAUACUAGUACCGGUUAUCAUCCCAAUAGUGAGAAUCUUACACCCCACAGUCAUUCCAAUGUGUCUACCCAAAGCGGACAACAUUAUUACAAUGAAAUGCCACAUCAACAACAGCAACAACAACAACAACAACAACAACAACAACAACAACAACAACAACCGCAGCAACACCAAGCUGAAAGUUAUGUCGCUCAUCCACCGUCAAUGCAUCCCACUUCCGGUGAUUAUCGAACAAGUAACAAAUGUCACCCUAACGCUUACUACGAGCAAACCAAUCAGAUCCACGUUCAUCAGGGUGGCGAGGCUUCCAGUAUACCAAAUAGUUAUGUGUCUUCACCAGAUCCUUUCCCAGCACCCGGAAUGACCACCACAGCGACUGCAAUUGCCGCAGCAACCGCUGCUGUCAUCACGCCACCCGGUAGCACGGGACAAGCCGACGGAAGUGCGGAUUAUAACAAUUACGGCAAUUUUUACGGUGAACCCGUUCACACGACUGCACCGCCACCGUCGGCCGACAACAGUAAUAGCUCUUCGGACUUUAAUUUUCUCAGCAAUCUCGCCAAUGACUUUGCUCCCGAAUACUAUCAGCUCAGCUGAGUCCACGAGACGGAAAAUCCGUGUCAACUUGACUGGGCCGAUGAACAAGGACUGCUCAAUGUUUUAUAUUAACUUAUAACUUGUGAUUUGUGAACGUAUCAUCUACCGAUACGAAGAAAAGGAUAUGCGCUGUGUUUAUAAUUAGAACUGGUGAUAUAGUAUCGGUGAUAUAUACGAAGUUAAAAGUUCUUUGUGAUUUCCUAAAGUUAAUCGACUAUUUCCAAACUAUCGAGAUCGAUGAGAUAACUCGAUGAAUGAUUUUAAAAUCCGUAGAUCCUCCGUUAUUAUAAAUAUAUAUAUAUAUAUAUAUAUAUAUAUAUAUAUAUAUAUGUAUUUUAAAUAAUCCGAAACUCAAACUUGGAAAUUUUCUGUCUAAUUAAAAAAUAAGCGAUCAAUAAGGAGAAUAAUUUCGAACGUGGAUAUACAUAUUGUAUAUCAUCGUAUAAAAAAAAAAAAAGGAAGAAAAAAAAAAUAUAUAUAUAUAUAUAUACAAUAAAAAGAAAAAAAAAGAUAUGGAAUGAUGCAAUUUUAAAUAUGAUUCGCGUUUAUGAUUGUUCGUUAGUGCACGUUUAGGUUAAAUCUAUUCACUAUACCUGUUUAUAUCGCCAUGCACUAUUUAGCGAAUAAAUCUAAUCAUUGCGUCCAAGCUAAGAAUUUGUUCAAAAUACAGGGAUUAAUAUGUUACGUUAAUUCUGUUAUUUAUUAUUAAGAAGAGUACCGAAAAAUGCAGCUUGUAAAUACAUUUUAAUAAUAGAUACUAUAUGUUGUAAUUUUAAACGUUUUGAAAUUUAUCCUGGCCAACUUGUUCUUUAUUGUUCUUUAACAUUAGCGAAUAGUUCAAUGGCCGGCGAGAGUAGAUGAGAACGUUGAUGUGACAACGAAUCUUUCAAUAAAAUGUGAUCCGUUCGUUACCUUUCUUUUCUUUUUUUAAGAACUUACGAAACGGUACUGAUUCUAGAAAAAUGUUAACUACAUAUACCUAUCUAUACUAAAUUCGAAAACAUCGACUCAAAGCAUGUAAAUAAAACGAAAUAUUAUUACGAUAAUAAAUAAAAUGGCCUGAAUCAAUUUCGAUGUUUGUGGCCAAUCUCGUGAAUAAUUUGAAACGAGACAAAAUAGUGCAAUGUUUUUAUAAAUACUUUUAUGUAAAUUGUAUCAUAAUUGGGAGUUUUAAAAGUUUAAGGCUGUAACACAUAAGAAAUACAAUGUAAAGGUAAAAUAAAUCAUAUAUUGUAGUAAAUGAAUAUGAAGGAAAAAAAAAAAAAAAAACCAAACGAAAGAUAUUAAAUAAUACGUAAACGCUUUUCUCAAAGUGAGAUUUUGUUGAAAAAGAAAAAAAAAAUAAUCAAAUUUCUAAUAUCUCUUUUUUCCGGGAUAAAGUCUAAAUACUACUUAAUAUUUAAAUAAGUGGUCAUAUAUAUAUAUAUAUAUAUAUAUAUAUAUAUAUAUAAAGAAAUUGGCUUUUACAUCUCCUGAUUAUGCUUAAGUUAAUUUAAUUUGAUUCACGAACUAUGUAUACACCAUAUUCAAAGUGAUUGACGUUACCGCUAUUAAUCGAAUUGUUUGAAAAAUGUUUCUAAAAAUAUUAUUGUUUAACUAUGACAAAAUGAAAUAAGACAUUUUUUAAUCGCUAUAUAUAUAUAUAUAUAUAUAUAUAUACAUAUAUAUAUAUAUAAACUAUGACAAUAGAGACUAUGUGUCUUAAAAUAGUGUUAAGUCAAUCACUGUGAAUCACUGUAAAUCUAUCACUCACAUAACGAGAUAGAAAUCUGUACCUAAUUAUCGGCUUCUUUACCCAACGAAUUUAUUUAAAUAUCUAAAUAUGUAUUAUGUUGAAUUAUCUGACGAAACAAAAUGGAAUUGAGUUAUAUUUGAAAGACAUCUUGAUAGAUUUUAUGUUUCGUUUGUAAUAUGAAUAUUUGCAACGAAAUAAGAGAGAACACAGAGAUAGGCACACAUACAUACAUAUAUAUAUAUAUAUAUAUAUACACACACACACGCAUACGCACACAUGCGCAUACACACACACACACACACACACACACACACACACACAUAUAAACGCUGUAAAUUGAUAAGCAAUAAUUAAUUAUGCAAACGUGUAUAUAAUAUCAUAGAAGAUGAGAAAGAUGACGAUGAGAUACGUGUAUAAAGUAUCGUGAUUCUCUACACGAUCACGCUUAAGCUAAUGUGUAUACGCCGACGGAUAAGUGAAUGAAUAAAUGAAAAAAAUAUUACAAUUGCGACGGCGAAUAGAAUUAAUUGAAAAUGGACUGUAAUUGUUUAACACUACCUAAUUAUAGCGUGAACCAUCGAACCUAUUGAAUUAAUUAAAUAUUAUUUUAUUUUAUACACGAUCUCAUUCUCGAUUCAGCUUUAUACAUAUAUAUAUGUAUAUAUAUAUAUAUAUACAUAUAUAUAUAUAUAUAUGUAUGUAUGUAUGUAUAUAUAUAUAUAUAUAUAUAUACACAUAUACGUUCAAGCACAUGGAAAACAUUAACGUAAAAACAAACAUGAUGCAUUUGACAUAAGAUUUGCAUACGCGCAAUCAUUUGUCAUUUUGUUAUGAAAGAAAAGGAAAGAAAAUUGUUUUUUCGGAAAUUCUCCGUGACCUAUACAAAAGAAUAAGUUUUUUCUAUACUUUUUUAUAUUAAACCAUUUUUCUCUUUUCGCCCUUUUUUCGCUAAAUUGAGCUAAUUAUAAGAUUUACAUACGCGCGAU